AUGUUGUGCAACCGCCUGCCCGCGGUUCUUCUGCCGGAACUACGAGCAGGUUGCCGUUUUCAGUGUCCACGACCCACCCUUAUCCAUGCGAGAUCUGCUCACGGUGCCGAUGGUGGCACGAUCAACGAAAGCCACAUCCGUAACAUCGGCAUUCUGGCGCACAUCGAUGCCGGUAAAACGACAACCACGGAACGCAUGCUGUAUUACUCCGGGCGAACCAACAGCCUCGGCGAAGUGCACCAUGGAAACACCGUGACCGACUUUCUUCAGCAGGAACGCGAGCGUGGCAUAACCAUUUGCAGUGCGGCCGUUUGUUUCGACUGGAAGGAGCACCGCAUAAAUCUGCUCGACACCCCAGGGCACAUAGACUUUACCAUGGAGGUCGAACAAUCGCUCGGUGCCGUCGACGGUACGGUGGUCAUAUUGGACGGUUCGGCGGGUGUGGAAGCACAAACCGUCACCGUUUGGGGUCAAGCGAAUCGCCACCAGCUGCCUCGGUUGGUGUACGUAAAUAAAAUGGACAAGGCUAGUGCCGACUUUAACGGCUGCCUAGUUGAGAUGAGGAAUAAGCUGGGCGCUGUACCGGUGCCACUGGAAAUGCCCAUUAAAAAGGAUGGCAAACUGUUGGGUGUAAUAGAUUUACUUUCAUCGUGUCAGGUUAUUUGGGAUUUAGAAAGCAAGGGAAGGUCCUAUCAUACAGCUCCAAUAACCGAUCCGGAUGACAAAAGCCGUGUGCGACAGCAGCUUUACGAGCUGAUAGACUUGCUGUCUGGUAUGGAUGACAAUUUGGCGCAAGCAAUAAUCGAAGCGGAAAGUAUGGAAAAAGUACCAUUGAAACUACUUUUAGAUGCAUUGCGGAACUGCACCGUUAAGCAGCAAAUCGUUCCCGUUCUGCUCGGUUCUUCGUACAAAAACGUCGGUGUACAGUUGCUGAUGGAUAGUGUUUUGAACUUUCUUCCAGCCUCCAACGAACGGAACCAUGUUUACAACUGUUUCGGGAAUGAUUUCGUGGGCAAAGUCUUUAAGGUAACGCACGAUAAACAGCGUGGCCCAAUCACGAUGAUACGUGCUUUUCGCGGAGUUUUAAAGAAAAAUUCAAAGUUUUUCACGGCCGCUGGUAGCACGGAGACGGUGCAACGCAUUUACGAACCACUGGCCGAUGAGUACCGGGAGAUUGAUUCGUUCAGUGCCGGUAACAUUGGGCUGUGUGCCGGUCCGAAGGCAACGACCACUGGCGACUUGGUCGUAGCGAGUUCGGCCGUGCUGAAGAAGGCGCUCAAAAAACUUUCGACGGACGCCGUGGAAACAACGGAAGAGCACCACCUUUUGCUGUCGCAAAAAUUGGGUCUUCAAACAGCGGUACCGGAUGCUGUAUAUUUUUGCUCCAUCGAGCCACCAUCGUCGGGACAGCAGACUGCGCUGGACAAUGCGCUCCGCGAAAUUCAACGCGAAGAUCCGAGUCUGCGAGUGCGAUUUGAUGAAGUCACUGGCCAGACCGUCCUCGGUGGUAUGGGUCAGCUCCAUUUAGAGAUCGUAAAGUCACGCAUUCUAUCGGAGUAUCGGAUAGAUGCGGACCUUGGCCCACUGCAAAUAGCGUAUAAGGAGGCACUACAGGAGCCUUGCCGUGGACAGUGGACGGCAGAGAAAGAUAUUGCCGGUAGCAAACAGUAUGUACAGAUUGACAUGACAAUCGCUCCCAGUACCGUGGACACUGUACACUGUGUCGUGCUGGAUAACAGCAGCGAGGCGCAGGAAAACCUCAAACUGGUGCGCCCUAGGCAGAUGGCAUAUUUCCGAAAGGGAGCACUGGCAGCAAUGCAGCGAGGACCGAAAGUUGGCGGGCAGAUGGCGAUUUGCGCACUGAAAUUGCACUCGCUGACGAUCGGGAAAGGUACGGCCGAUCCAUUCAUUAUGGCAGCCGCUGCACAGUGCAUCAAAAGUGUGCUUUCGGGCGCGAAAUGCAGAUUGCUGGAGCCGGAUAUGUUUCUUGAAAUCGUGACACCGUGCCAGCAUUUGGCUCCGAUCAUGGCCGAUCUGAGUCGCCGCAGAGCGCAAAUACAGGAUGUUGUGCCACGUGGAAAGGAAAGCAAAGUGUUGAAAGUUAAUGCCCCCUUGGCAGAGUUGGCAGACUAUUCGACGGUGCUGCGCACGAUAAGCUCCGGUACGGCAAGCGUGUCGAUGGAACCAAACGGCCACUCACUGCUUAACGAUUCCGAAGAGACGAACGCCCUGAGACGCUCGUUUGGUUUAGAAUAA